AUGGUGUUCAGCAAAGUCUCUUUCACGUCCGCUUUUGUCUCCCUGUUGGCCUACGCGGCUGCACUUGAGGUCCCCAAGACUGACUACGAUGUUAUUGUUGUCGGCGGUGGCCCUGCAGGCCUGAGUGCCCUCAGCAGUGUCUCGCGCGUGCGGAGAACGGCUCUCUUGAUUGAUAGCCAGGAAUACCGCAAUGCUCCCACCCGUGAGAUGCACGAUGUGAUUGGUAACGAUGGUACUCCGCCCGCUGUCUUCAGAGGUCUGGCGCGGCAGCAGAUCUCCAAGUACCCGACAGCCCACUUCGCCAAUGAGACUGUAGAGACCAUUGUUCCAUGGACCACAGGUGACUACUCUGCGUUCACCGUCACUGAUAGCCAGGGCAAGAACUACACCUCCCGCAAGAUCGUGCUGGGAACCGGUGUUAAGGAUGUUCUUCCCUCGACUCCUGGCCUCGAGGACGGAUGGGGCCAGGGUAUCUUCUGGUGCCCCUGGUGCGAUGGUUACGAGCACCGUGACCAGCCCUUCGGUUUGAUCGGUGAUAUCACCGACCAACUGUCCAACGUGCUCGAGACUCACACUCAGUAUGACGAUAUCAUCGCAUUCGUCAACGGAACUCAAACCCCUGAGGGCGAGGCUCGCGCCACCGCCAAGGUCGCGGAUUGGAAGGAGCAGCUCGCUGGGUGGAACACCACCAUCGACAACCGCACCAUCUCCUCCAUUGAGCGUCUGCAAGAUGGCGGCAAGGACCGCGAGGAGGACUCCGACCGACAGUUCGACAAGUUCCUGAUUCACUUCACUACCGGUGAGCCAGUUGAGCGUAACGCCAUCAUGAUCAAUGUCCCAACUGUUCAGACUUCGACUCUUCCUGCCAAGAUGGGUCUCGAUCUCGUCGACGACAAGAUCAAUGUCACUACUGGUAUGCGCACCAGCGAAACUGGUGUCUUUGCUGUGGGUGAUGCCAACAGCGAUGGCAGCACCAACGUUCCCCACGCCAUGUACACUGGCAAGAAGGCUGGUGUCUUUGUGCACGUUGAAAUGUCUCGUGAGGAAUCUGCCUCUCAGAUCUCUAAGCGCACCGGUCUCUCCGACAGCGCCCUGGAGGAGGAAGCCAAGCGUGCUAUCGGUGACGGCCUCGACGCCCUCUGGAAGCGCGCUCUGACCGGCCAGUAG